AUGCCAAAAUUGAUCCGAAAGCGUCAGCGUAUCCUGCACAAGCGCACUCAGUCUCGACAGAAUGGUGCCAACGCACCCGCGUCCAGUCGACGUAGCGUUGAAUCAAGUACAACGCCCAUCGAUGAGCUGGAUCUGCGCGAGCCUUCGGUCGAGGAACAAGUCGAUGACAAGCUAGAGGAUGUGAAAGGCUCUCUCACCCUGGCUAACGUGUCCGAAACUCCGGAUCCGGGAGCACCAGCAGCGAAGGCCAACACAGGCACAGCGCCUAUCGAUCCGACCGAACUCCCCUCAGAGACCAGGAGGAAGGCUGCCAGCCGCAACGUUGUCAAUGCAGUCGAACACGCACGUCUACGCAGCCUGAACCAGUCAUCUUCACGUAGACAGGCUGCUACAACUAUAGAGCUUGUGCAAGACAAUGUGCGCCAAGUCAAGAGCGAGCACGAACAAGUCCAGCAUGAUCCGGUGCUCGACUCACCCACACUUGCUUGUCUCUCGCUUACUGCUCCUGCCGUCAAGCAAGUGCCAGACAUCAUCGAGAUCGUGUCGGAAGACGACGAUGACCACGAUGAUGAUGACUUUGAGAUCGUUUCACCGCCGCCUAAACCAUCAUCAAUAUCGGCACAUGAGUAUCGCAGCACAGCCUCAGUUUCGGCUGUGGCGAGAGUGCCUCCACGCUCUUCGCCUUUCAGAGCAGCCACCGAAAUGCCUGCAUUGCCUGUGACGCCCCCGCCCGUGCAAAAGCGCAGAACGAGAGCCCGCAACCCUGGUUCGGUCGCUGUAGCUAGUGAUGCAACUUCUUCUGCAGCAUCCACCCGCGACGCUCUGGUCGGCAGGCAGCCCUCGGUAGCCUUGCCAGAAGCAGCAUCCAGAUCCGCUUGCGCAGCGCCGAUGCUUGAGAAGCCCAUUCUCGAACGAAACGAUCCAUGGCCAGACCAUUUCUUGCAGCUCGAACAAACAUUUCGUGCUAUAAACACAGUGUAUUCCUUCUGCUCGGCACGCAAACACAUGGCUACCACCUACGACACGAUAAAAAGCAGUGUCGAAGGCCUCACAAAGCGGUCGCUGCAGAUCUUCGAUAUUGCCCAGAUCAAGAGUCUGUGCGGCGAACUGAUUCACUUUGCCUACAUCGAGCACGACAUGCUUCAUGUGCACAUGGACAGCAGAGCCAAUGCUGAAGAUCCCGCCAGCAACACGAUCAAGCGACGUCAAAAAUCGAGCACUCAAUAUAGAGACGAGCUGUACGAGAAGGCUGCCGAGGCCAUCAUGUCCGGCGAUCCUUAUGUCGCCGAUCAACCCAACUCGACGGUGGUCGUAGCUGCAGCUGCCACAAACAACCUACCCGUCGAUUCUGCUGGAUUCGCCACCAGCGGCGGUGGAUUCCAAGAUAUAGCCGAUGCGGAUGUUCAAGGUGGCACCCGCCACCCACUGCUACCUCCCACCGAGCUCCAAGUGCAACAGCUUCAUACCAAGGGAAAGCAGCGCGCAAGAGACGAAUACGUGCUGCUCUUUGAAUUCAACGAUGGCACUUUGAAAGGCCCCAAGGCUACAGCUCGUGGCCGUCCUGGCAUGCGUCGAGGUCCGAAUCGAACGCCAACGGAUCCGAACGCUAAACCCAGAUCCAAUCCAAAGCUUUACUCGCUGCCUUCAACAGCGGCCAUGAUGAAGCUCAUCAACAAGCGCAACUUCAAGUUCGAGCAAGCGGUCUUGGAGCUGCUCGCGGCUUGCAAGGCCAAGGACCAAGAUCCAGUGCAGCUGCUCAUCGAUGCAGCUCACGACCAUGUGCCGCUCAAUCCCGAGACGGCUACGAGAACAGAGACUGACACGCCGCAAAAGAAGCGCAUCCGUCUUGAGUUCCUCAUGAAGAAUCCUGAGCAUCGUCCCAGCAUCGCUUCUGUGAUCCAAGAGAUCAAGAUUGCUCCGUGGUGGAAGGAUCAAAUAGUGCCCGGUGGUCACAAGGUGUUUGAACCACGUCCGGCCAAGAUUGGACAACUCAACUACCUGCUCUCGCAAGCGGUUGUCAAUGCUCUCUAUGCCACACACGGCAUCGAGGAGUUCUACUCGCAUCAAGCAGAGGCGCUCAAUGCGCUCCACGAGAAAAAGAAUGUUAUCGUUUCAACGUCGACAUCUUCGGGCAAAUCGCUCAUCUACCAGCUACCUGUGCUGGGUGCCAUCGAGCAGGACGGCGAGGCUACUGCCAUGUUUAUCUUUCCCACAAAAGCAUUGGCACAAGAUCAGCGACGUUCGCUCCAAGAUCUGAUUGCCAACUGCGAACGUGUCGAGGGAGCCAUUGUUGCUACGUACGAUGGUGACACGGACAAGGAGCUGCGCAAAGACAUUCGCGAGCGAGCUAGUGUCAUCUUCACCAAUCCAGACAUGCUUCAUCAGUCGAUACUGCCAAGCGAGGAUCUUUGGCGACGUUUCCUGCGCAACCUGCGCUACGUCGUUGUCGACGAGCUUCACAUCUACAACGGUCUGUUUGGAGCGCACGUCAGUUUCAUCAUGCGUCGACUGCGUCGCAUCUGCAGUGCGCUGGGCAACCGCACUGUCCAGUUUGUAAGCUGUAGUGCCACGGUCGCCAAUCCGAAACAGCACAUGCAGACGCUGUUUGGCGUCGAGCAUGUCCACGUCGUCACGCAAGAUGGGUCGCCAGCGGGCCGAAAGGAGUGGUUGGUUUGGAAUCCGCCGUACAUUGAUGAAUCAGAUCCUGCUCAAGGCCGCGUUAGCUCGUAUGCUGAGGUGAGCAAGGUCUUUCGCCAUCUCAUCCAGCGCGGUGUUCGAACGAUUAUUUUCACCAAAGUGCGAAGGACGUGCGAGAUCGUGAUGCGUCAAAUUCGCAACGAUCUUUUGCUUGAAGAUCGCCCGGACGUAGCCAACAAGGUCAUGUCGUACCGUUCGGGAUAUUCUGCACAAGACAGGCGCAAGAUUGAACAAGACAUGUUCAAAGGUCAACUUCUUGGCAUCGUGGCAACCUCGGCGCUUGAGCUGGGAAUCGAUAUUGGUAGUCUGGAUGCCGUCAUCAUGCUAGGUUUUCCGUAUUCGAUCUCGAGUCUCCGUCAGCAAGCGGGAAGAGCGGGUCGUCGACAGAAGGACUCGCUGUCGGUGCUGAUCGGAGAUCCAUGGCCUAUGGAUCAGCAUUACAUGCAUUUCCCCGACGAGAUUUUCCUGCAGCCAGAUGCCGCGCUAUCGGUGGACCUGGCCAACGACUUUAUCCUCGAAUCGCACCUACAAUGUGCGGCCGAAGAGAUGCCCAUUACGCUCGAGGAUGACGAGCAGUACUUUGGACCUCAUCUCGCCACCUUAUGUAAGACGCGACUGGAAACCGAUGCAAGUGGAUUCUUCUACUGCCGCCAAGAGUUACGUCCGAACCCGGCGCGCGAUGUGGCCAUCCGGGGCGCACGUCAGGACAGCUACUGUUACAUUGACGAUACGCCUGGACGUGCGGGCGGGGCCGAGGUGAUGGAGGAAGUCGAGAUCGAACGUGCGAUCUUUGAAGCUUACGAGGGUGCCGUGUUCAUGCAUCAAGGCUUGUCCUACAUUUGUCGCGAGAUCAGCCACGAGACACGCAUCGCGCGCAUGGUGCAGGCGGAUGUCAACUACCACACGCGUCCGCGCGACCACACGGAUACGGACGCGGUGGAGACGUACCGCAUCCGUCGUCUUCGUGAAUCUGUGGAUCUGGCCUACUACGGCAAAGUUACGAUUGCGAGUUACGUGUGGGGCUACUUCAAAGUGGAUCGACGUGCCAACAUCUUGGAUGCUGUCGAGGUGGAUUGUCCUCCGUUUAUCCGGCACACGCGCGGGCUAUGGAUUGAUGUGCCCACAUGGCUGGUCGACGCCAUGACGGACAAGCGCAUCAAUGCGGCAGCUGCGAUCCACGCGGCAGAGCAUGCGUUGCUGUCGCUGACACCCAUGUUUGUCGUUUCCGUCGCAGGCGAUGUUCGCACCGAGUGCAAGAUCGCUGAGAAGGAAUAUGCCGCCAAACCGAGCUCUCGAAAGCGUCCUGCGCGACUGAUUUUUUACGACAUGCCAGGUCAAAACGGCGGCGUGUGUGCCAAGGCAUUUGAGCAUCUCGAUGCGCUCAUCCGGAUCGCAAUCAGCGUGAUCGAGGCUUGUCCUUGUACAGAUGGCUGUCCGUCGUGUGUGACAAGUCAGACAUGUGCACAUGCCAACUUGGUCACGUCCAAGGUGGGUGCGCUCGGUGUUUUGCGAGGAAUCGUGGGGAGGGAACCGUUUGAUCCAGAUUUGCAAGAUCAGAACGAACCAGGUAUUGCGCCUAGUCAGCUGGCCGAGAGGGAAUCCGUGCAAGCCACUAUCGCCGAGGCUGUGCCCGUCCGCGUGGCGAAAGAGUUGGGGGCGGCGGUUGAGGUGGAAGACGUCGAAGAGGUGUUACCGCCCAGCUUGCAGGCGCUAACGCAGAGAGCAAUGCAGGCGGCAGGAAUGAGAGGCCAAGUAUUUCAAAGUGCAACUGGUUCCAAUGGUACGUGUCCAGGCGGCGGCUUUCUACCUGGCAAAAGCAUGCUCUUUCAAGAAUGA